AUGUCGAAAGAAAACACCUCCUCAGAGGUUGUGGAUAACAACGUCGCGCUCGAAUCUGGCCUGCCUAAUGACAGCAAACUUACGGACCCCAACGUCGUUGACUGGGACGGGCCGAACAAUCCCAUCAAUCCGCUCAACUGGUCGAGCCACAAGAGGUGGGCGCAUGUACUCAUGGUUGCGUUGCUUGCCCUGGUAACAAAUAUGGGCCCAACCAUGUGCGCACCUAGCAUCAAGGGUCUCGUCGCCGACUUUAAUAUCAGCUCCCAAACAGUCAGCACCCUCGCGAUAACCCUCUAUCUCCUUGGCUUAGCGACUGGGCCUAUGUUCCUGUACCCGCUCAGCGAAAUGUACGGCCGCGUGCCAUUAUAUCACGGUGCCAGCCUGGCUUUCGUAGCCUUUGUGAUCGGCAAUGCGCUGAGCAAGAACAUCGGCCAGUUCAUUGUCUUCCGGUUUCUCUCGGGCUGUGCGGGCGGCACGCCUAUGGCUCUGGGCGGCGGGACUACUGCGGAUGUCGCUCGCUUAGAAAAUAGGGGGUUUGCAAUGGCAUUGUUUAGUUUGGGCCCGCUGACGGGACCGGUUCUCGGCCCCGUUAUCGGGGGUUUUAUCGCAGCUGACAAGGGCUGGCGUUGGACCUUCUGGAUGCUCGCGAUCCUAGGAGGCGCUGUUGGAACUGCUGCCCUAGUUAUAAUGCGUGAAACACAUCCUAAAGUUCUCCUUGAACGCAAAGCGGCCCGUCUCCGCGUCUCCACCGGAAAUCCGCAGUUACAAUCAAGGCUCGCUCGUUACCUCACGCCCCGCCAGGUCGUCGUCCAGGCGCUCAUCCGCCCUGCUAUGCUCCUUCUCCGCUCGGCCGUCUUAUUAGUUAUGUCUCUUUACGUGGCCCUAGUCUUUGGGCUUAUGUACCUCUUGUUUGCCACGUUUACUGACGUAUUUGAGGGUCAGUACGGUUUUGGCACGUCUAUAUCUGGGCUUGUGCACCUAGGACUAGGUGUAGCUCUAAUCGUGGCCAUGCUUCUUUUUGGCGCCCUUGGUGAUCGUGUCCAGCGGGCGGCUAUGAAAGCAGAUGGCGUGCAACUGCCUCGGCCCGAGUAUCGUUUGGUGCUAAUGAUUUGGUUUAGCCCCUGUGUGGGUGUGGGAUUGUUUAUAUAUGGCUGGACGGCGUACUACAAAGUGCAUUGGACUUUGCCUAUCAUUGGCACUGCUAUUAUUGGCCUGGGUGCCUUUUUCGUCCUUAUGCCUACACAACUCUACCUCGUCGACCUGUUUGGCUCCGACGCUGCUGCUUCUGCCCUGGGUGCCAACAACCUCCUGCGGUACCUGUCAAGCACUUUUCUGCCACUAGCUGGGCCGAGCAUGUACAGGGCGCUGAAUUACGGCUGGGGCAACACAUUGCUAGGCUUCCUCGCGCUGGGUUUUGUCCCGGCUCCUAUUCUGUUUUACAAGUACGGAGAACGGCUUCGUGCUAGGGAUUCUCUCAAAUCUGUGUAA